CAAAAUAAAAUCUGCUGAUUGAUCAAAAUACACGUGCUUCGUAUUUUUGUGAAUUUAAUUUUUGUUUAUUAUAAAAACAACAAAGAAAAUGGCUAAAAAUCAAGCGAUAAAACGUUCAAAAAUUGAGCAUAAAAAAGCCGAAGAAUUGCGAUUGAAAAAUGAAAUGAAUCCAUUCGAAUUACGACAUAAUAAGAUCAAACACAAAGUAUUGGGCCGUAAAAUUGCCAAAAAUGAAUUUGGCAAACCGUUGAUUAAUCGUAAUCGUGCAUACAAAAAACGUGAACAGACAUUAUUGCAAGAAUAUAAAAAUAAAAAUAGAGCUGGCCGAGGUCUUCGUGAUAUGCGUGAACAAGAUGCCAAUGAGCGAAUGAUAGAAAAAUACCGUCAGCAACAGAAUCGAAUCGAUUUCGAUCAUAAUGAUGUCGUCGAAUUAACUCAUAAAGGUCGACCACUAGAUGAAAUGAUUGACGAUCGUAUCGAUUCAGAUGAUGAGCAUUUGGAUCUAUUUACUCGUGAUGAUUAUGUUGAAUCCAGCCAUUUUGGUGGUGGUGAAUAUGGACCAUCUAAAAGUAAAAAUGAAAUUCUCGAUGAAAUUAUGGCAGAAAAAACCCGAAUCAAAUUGCAACAAGAAGAAACAACAAUAUUGACGCAAAAAUUAGAUAACCAAUGGAAUGAAAUUCGAAAUCUUAUCCGCCAUAAAGGCAGCAAUCAAACGAUGGAAAAAAAAUCCGAUAAAAAUGACUAUGACACUCUUCUACGACAAUUGGUAUUUGACGAUCAAAAUCAGAUUAAAGAAUCUAGCAUAUCCAAAAAACAAUCAGCCACAACGGUACCUACCGAUGAUCAAUCAACUCCUGAUGGUCGAUUCAAGGCUAAACUUAAUUCUAUCGAAAGUUUGAAUGAUAUUGGCCAGAUACUUAAUACGAUUAAAGAAAUGAUCGAUCUUUUGAAAUCCAAAGUUACACGAAAAUCUUUCAUACUUUUGAAAGAUCGUCUCACUGCUGUCGCUGAAAAACAAUUGAAAUUCACACCAAGAGAAAUGGCCAUUUUGAUAGUUGGUGCCUAUUUCAAAGAGCUCCAAACUUUUAUUCAUUUAAUCGUUCUUCGAACAUUGAAUAAGAUCAAAUAUUCGAAUUUGAAUGAAGUUUCUUGUGCUAUAUUUUUAAAUAAUUUUCUACUGAAAAGCAUAUCUUCUGAAAAAUUUUGUCCAGAAUUAUUCAUUCACAUUGAUAAUCUAGUUCGUCUUUGUUUGCCACAGGAAAAGACAAAAAUCAAACUAUUUCAUCGAAUGGAACAUGAAACUGAUUGUUUCUUAAAUGUUACAAAAUUUACCACAUCAGAUGAGGAAAAUUCCAGAUAUAUAGUUUCAUUAACUAAUCUGUUUGAUGGAAGAUUCAAAUCAAACGAAGAUUCAUCAAUAAUUAGCUAUAAUCUAGCGAUUCAAGUAUUCAAACUAAUAUCAAAUCUACAUGAAAAAUAUUCAUCAUCAAGUAAUAUUCGAUUCAUGUCAUCAUCGACAAUGGCAAUGAUCCGUGAUACAAUAUUGCCUAAUGUACCAAAACAAAUGAAGAAAUUUCUUCAAGAAAUUCUUGAUAAAUUUACGGAAAAAACGCCCAAAUCAGUCAUUAUCAAUACGAUACAAGCAAAGCCGUUCAUUCUUCCUCUUUUGGAACCGAAAUUUGAAGACGAUCUUCGAUUAAAACCAAAAUAUCAGUGUGAAAGAAAAAAAUUAAUGAAAAAAUAUAAACGUGAAUUUAAAGGUGCACAACGUGAGAUACGAAAGGAUUCAAAAUUCUUACGUGAUACCUAUCUGAAAGAGGUGGAAAAGAAAGAUAGAAUACGAAAGAAUAAGGUGAAAGAAAUCCUAAAGGAUUUAUCUAUCCAACAAGGAUUGUAUAAAAAGAAUAAAUAACCUUGACAUUUUUUUAACGAAUAAUAAAUUAAAAUGAAAUUUUCAAAAAAGUGAAA